AUGAAUAUCUGCAACAAACCUUCUAAUAAGAUAACUCCAGAGAAUUUGAGUGAAGCUGUUCCUGAGGUGCAGGUCCAACGUGCUCGAAGAAAUGGCUGGAGCUGGCCUCUGCACCUCUUCCAGAUUAUUGCCUGGCUGCUGUACCUCUUCUUUGCACUGGUUGGCUUUGGAAUCCUGGUUCCUCUCCUGCCCCGCCACUGGCUGCCUGCUGGCUAUAUUUGUCCAGGAGUGUGUUUUAUCUACCAUUUAGUUGUUCAUCUUACUGCAGUCUCCAUUGAUCCUGCGGAUGCAAAUGUGAGAGAAAAAAACUAUCUAGGGCCUCUGGCCACCUUCAAUCGUAACCAGCAUGCACAUGUCAUUGAAAACCAUCAUUGCCAUGUCUGUGACGUAGAUGUGAGUGCCAAAUCAAAGCACUGUGGAACUUGCAACAAGUGUGUGUGUGGCUUUGAUCAUCACUGCAAAUGGCUCAACAAUUGUGUGGGAGAGAGGAAUUACUGGGUCUUUCUGAACAGUGUGCUGUCUGCCAUUCUGGGCCUGGGGCUGCUGCUGCUCAUCGCUUGCUAUGUCUUUGUGGAGUUCUUCGUUGACCCCACGAAGCUUCGCUCCGACCAGCACUUUGAUGCUCUAAGGAACCACAUGGACCGCUGGUUUGUGUUUCUUCCUGCAUCUCCUGUUGAGACUCAGGCACCUGCCAUUUUGGUCACAGCUGGGAUUUUUAUUCUUCUGAGCCUAGUGACCGUGAUCCUCCUGGGCCACCUCUUGAUCUUUCACAUCUAUCUCUUGUGGCACAAACUGACUACCUACGAGUACAUCCUGCAGCAGCGUCCCCAGCAAGAGGUGAAAAAGGUAGACAAGCAACAGGAGUCUUGUUCCUCCCAAGUGAGACCCAGUCAGGAAGCAGACUUAUUGUCAGGUAACUCUGGCUAUACAGACCCUGGAAUUCAAGCAGAGGAAUUCUCAACAGAAACUUCAGGAAAAGGCUUUCCAAACCUCUAUGUCCACAACAAAGAAGGCAGUCCUGAGCAGAGCUCCUCCCCUGACCCUCCAUCUCUUCACUUUGCUGUCCCUUCUCAGCAACAGAAGAAAAGAAGAAAGAAGAUGCAUAAAGCUUCUUCGUCAGCAAUGGACAGUGGAUCUAAAGCACAUGGUACACCUCGGCCCUCCUUCCCACGUCCCCAGUCAGACAAUCCCAGAGCUGACAGGAAGAAGAAUCUGUGUUCUGAGCACAAGGUAAAAAGGAGAAGCUGCCAGCAGGACCGACGCGUGGAACGAGAUCUGGAACUCUUUUCUAAGGUUCCUGCUGUGUUUGUCAGUAAGAGCAGUGGAGAACCUCUUAGCCCUCAGCCCCAGCCCAGUGAGAGCACAUCCGAGCCACACCACAGAAAAUGCACCAGCAAGCAGCAUGUGGGCAGACAUGAUCCAUGUUCAAAGGACAUAAGGACAAACACCACAGCGGCCUAG